GAGCUAUGAUUGCAUUUUCCAAUUGAAAGUACUUGAAGCCUCACAGUCAGGAGCUGGUCUCGGGCUUACUGCAAAAUUAUUCACUUCCAGCCUAAACAAGAUGUCUACAUUAUCGGACGAAACGUUAAGAAAGAUCCUUGUUCAAAUCCAACAAACAGCUGUCCAAUCGCAACGAGCACUGAAUGCAUCACGUCAACAAAGCGCUACGAAAGAACGGGAGCGUAGGAUCCUGCAGUUGACGAUAGAUGAGAUUCAACAUAUGGAGGGCGACGUGAAUCUUUACAAAGGAGUUGGCAAAAUGUUCGUGAUGGUACCGAGAAAGACAAUGGAGAAGGAACUAAAGGGUCAAGAGAAAGAGUUUACCGACGACAUAAACAGUCUGAACAAGAAGUCGAAAUAUCUUGAAAAGCAAUUCAAUGACGCACAAGCUCAACUACGUGAUAUAUUUCAUCACAGUUCUAGGUCGUAGAUCAUGCACGAUUUGCUGUAAUUCAAUGACCCGCCUUCUCGUUUUCUUGUAAUAUCAAUCCCAAGCUGCUAAAUUGUGACUUGUAUCGUUUAU